CGUGAGUGACGACAGCACCAGAGCCGUAAAGCGGCACACAGCAAAGAUGGCGGCGUCCAUGGCUGCAACUAUGUGGAGCACAUUACUCCGGAUCCAAAGGGGGUUAACGAUCUCUGGAAGUGGCCUUCCCCAGAGCUGUAUCCACACAAGCGCCAUGAUGGAGCGAAGCCGAAAUUGGGAAAUGAAGAAUAAAGUAGUUUAUCCCCCUCAACUUCCUGAAGAGCCAGAGAGGCCAGCGGAGAUCUACCAUUGUCGAAAGCAGAUAAAAUACAGCAAGGAUAAGAUGUGGUAUUUGGCCAAACUGAUCCGGGGGAUGUCUAUAGACCAAGCUAUCGCUCAGCUCGAGUUUAAUGAUAAGAAAGGUGCCAAAAUCAUGAAAGAGGUCCUGUUAGAAGCUCAGGAUUUAGCUGUGAGGAAUCAUAAUGUUGAAUAUAAAUCCAACCUGUAUGUAGCACAAUCCUUCUCCAACAAAGGGAAGUACCUCAAGAGAAUUCGUUACCACGGACGUGGCAUGUGUGGGAUUAUGGACAAAGUCUACUGCCAUUACUAUAUCAAGUUAGUGGAAGGUCCACCACCACCAAAAGAACCACCAAUAACUGGCUUUGACCAAGCAAAGGAAUAUGUUCAGCAGCUUCGAAAUCGCACCAUAAUCCACAGCUUGUGACCCGAGAACCUUAAGCUAGACAAUAUGCAUAUAAAUUGUUAUUUUCAACUAAAGACUGGGUAUUUUAGGAUAUAAGGAUCUUAACACCACACCUUUAAACCUGAAUCAUUCUUAAUAAUAUAAAUAAAUCAAUGUAAACAUUU